UAGAGGAAGCCACAUACUAUACUAUUAUUAAGACUGAGUUCCAUCUUAAAAGGUCAAUAAAGUAAGCCACAUAUAUACUAUAAGUAGAACUGUUGUUAAGAAUAGAGUUUCAUUUUUUUUAUAUGAGGAGUAGCUCAAAAUCUUAUAUUCGUAGGACUGAACUGUCUUAUACUUAUACGUGCAGCCCUUAAUUAGCUAGAAGCCCUGCUGGUAGCCUUCUUGGAAAAUGGAAAAAGAAACUAAGAGAAGAAUUGGGAUAUGGAUAUGUGUUGUAACCAUGAUCCUCGCUAUCCCCAUUAUUGUAGUCGGCAGUUGGAUGAUUUCCAGCAAUUCUUGUGUGAAGAGUAUUAAAUCCUACAAAACCCCCGGAUUCUCCAGACCCCAGACAUCCCUCGUAGGCUGGGUUGUCAUAAUUGGUGCCUUGAUGCUCGUGAGCGGUUUUUGGUGCUGCUUGACAUUCUGGCUUGAUAAAGAUAGAUAUGGGAUAACUUACAGGAUAGUGAUGGGGAUCUUAUUGCUUAUCAUGUUUGGGUUUGUCAUUGCCCUGGCGGCGUACUCCAAUUACUCAGGCUCGGCCAAGAAGGCGCCUGGUCGGGGUUACGCGGAAUACCGUUUCGGUUCAUUCUCUUCCUGGCUUCGCGAGAAGGUUAGCGAUGAGAAUGGGUGGACCGAAAUCUCAACUUGUCUUGGUAUUUCCGACGGUCCCUGCGCUGACUUGAGGCGCGCUUCUUUCUCCUCGUCUCAGCAGCUCUAUGCUGCAAAUCUCACCCCCUUACAGUCUGGAUGUUGUAUUCCUCCACAAAGUUGUAAUUUCACUUUUGUGAGUCCAUCAUGGGAUUCAUGGCCAACAAGUUGGGUAGGCAUCAACAAUCAAACAUCGGCUCUUGAUGCUGACUGUGCCAUAUUUAACAAUGAUAUAAACAAACUUUGCUUGGAUUGCCAGUCUUGCAAAGCAGGAGUACUUGUCGACAUCAGGAAGAAACUGAAAAAAACAAUUAUUGUUCUUACUUUUUUCUUUAUAUUGGAGGUUGUUGCUUAUUUUACUAUUUGUUACAUCUAGUGUCAUGAAAGUAGCUAGACUCUAGUCUUGCACCAACCCAUCGCCUAGGCGGGAACAUGUUGGAGAUAUCAAAAUUAUGUUUUUGGAUAUGUAUGAUAUAAGUAAUACUUGUAUUGUAUUUGUGUGUGUUUAUAUCUUAUAAACACACAUUAACAAGCAUUGUA